AUGAGCUCUCCGCAGCAUCACCGUCCCGGAGAAAUGAAAAUGAGAGGUGCAGGCGGCAGCUGUAGACUGCAGGUGGAAAUGAGUUCUCAACAGUUUCCUCGUUUAGGAACCCCUUCCACUGGUUUGGGCCAAACUCCUUCACAGAUUUCAAACAGUGGUUCUGCAGGAUUGAUAAACCCAACUGCUACAGUCAAUGAUGAAACUAGUCGAGAUGCUGAAGUCACUGCCAGGGAACACUUGGGUUCCAGCAGCUCCCUCCAGUCCCGUGAAGAGAAGCAAGAGCCUGUUGUGGUAAGGCCCUAUCCACAGGUCCAGAUGUUGUCCACUCACCAUGCUGUUGCCUCGGGCACACCUGUCACGGUGACAGCCCCACCAGCACAUCUGACGCCAGCAGUGCCACUCUCAUUUUCAGAGGGACUCAUGAAGCCACCCCCGAAGCCUACCAUGCCUAGCCGUCCUAUUGCUCCUGCUCCACCUUCUACCUUGUCACUUCCCCCCAAGGUUCCAGGGCAGGUUACUGUUACUAUGGAAAGUAGCAUCCCUCAAGCUUCAGCCAUUCCUGUGGCAACAAUCAGUGGACAACAGGGACAUCCUAGUAACUUGCAUCAUAUCAUGACCACAAAUGUACAGAUGUCUAUCAUCCGCAGCAAUGCUCCUGGGCCUCCUCUUCACAUAGGAGCUUCUCAUUUACCUCGAGGUGCAGCUGCUGCUGCGGUGAUGUCUAGUUCUAAAGUAACCACGGUCUUGAGGCCGACUUCCCAGUUGCCAAAUGCUGCUACAGCACAACCAGCAGUACAACACAUCAUUCACCAACCAAUCCAGUCUCGUCCACCUGUGACCACCUCUAAUACCAUCCCUCCUGCUGUGGUAGCAACUGUCUCAGCCACCAGAGCUCAGUCUCCAGUCAUUACUACAACGGCAGCACAUGCUACUGAUUCAGCACUUAGUCGGCCAACUUUGUCUAUUCAGCAUCCACCAUCUGCAGCAAUUAGUAUUCAGCGCCCUGCCCAGUCGCGGGAUGUAACAACCAGAAUCACACUACCAUCUCACCCAGCAUUAGGAACGCCAAAACAGCAGCUUCAUACCAUGGCUCAGAAAACGAUCUUCAGUACGGGUACACCAGUAGCUGCUGCAACAGUAGCACCUAUUUUGGCAACCAACACCAUUCCUGCAGCAACCACAGCUGGAUCUGUGUCACACACACAAGCUCCCACAAGUACAAUUGUUACCAUGACAGUGCCCUCACAUUCAUCCCAUGCUACUGCUGUGACCACCUCAAACAUCCCUGUUGCUAAGGUUGUGCCCCAGCAGAUCACACACACUUCUCCUCGGAUCCAGCCUGAUUACCCUGCGGAGAGGAGUAGCCUGAUUCCCAUUUCAGGACAUCGGGCCUCUCCGAAUCCUGUGGCCAUGGAAACCCGAAGUGACAAUAGACCGUCUGUUCCUGUUCAGUUCCAAUACUUUUUGCCAACUUACCCACCAUCUGCAUAUCCGCUGGCUGCGCACACUUACACUCCCAUCACUAGUUCAGUGUCUACUAUCCGACAAUAUCCAGUUUCAGCUCAAGCUCCAAGCUCUGCCAUCACAGCUCAGACUGGUGUUGGGGUAGCAUCUGCAGUACACCUAAACCCCAUGCAGUUGAUGACAGUGGAUGCAUCUCAUGCUCGACAUAUCCAGGGGAUCCAACCAGCACCCAUCAGUACACAAGGGAUACAGCCAGCCCCCAUUGGAACACAGGGAAUACAGCCAGCCCCAAUUGGAACACAGGGAAUUCACUCAGCAACCCCAAUCAACACACAGGGACUGCAGCCUGCACCGCUGGGUACUCAACAGCCACCACCUGAAGGAAAGACUUCAGUCAUGUUGGCAGAUGGAGCCACAAUUGUAGCCAACCCUAUUAACAAUUCAUUCAGUGCUGCUCCAUCAGCCACCACUGUGGUACAGACCCACAGCCAGAGCUCCAGCACCAAUGCUCCAGCCCAGGGCUCAUCACCCCGGCCGAGUAUACUCCGGAAGAAACCUGCCACUGAUGGUGCCAAACCUAAGUCAGAAAUCCACGUAUCUAUGACCACUCCAGUCACUGUGUCCAUGGAGACAGUGUCUAAUCAAAAUAAUGACCAGCCCACCAUUGCAGUCCCUCCCACUGUACAACAGCCUACACCAACCAUUCCAACCAUGAUUGCAGCAGCUAGUCCCCCAUCACAACCAGCGGUCACUCUGUCAACCAUUCCUGGAACAGUCCACAUCAGUCCUCCCAUCACUACUAUUGCAGCUGCCCCACCAUCAUCAGCAUCUGUGGGUGGCAGUCUCUCUGCAGUUUUGGGCCCUGCUGUUCCUGAGAUAAAAGUUAAAGAAGAAGUGGAACCAAUGGACAUCAUGAGGCCAGUUUCUGCAGUUCCUCCACUGGCUACCAACACUGUGUCUCCAUCUCUUGCAUUGCUGGCUAACAACCUAUCCAUGGCUACAAGUGACCUACCACCUGGUGCUUCCCCAAGGAAAAAGCCUCGAAAGCAACAGCAUGUGAUCUCAACAGAAGAAGGUGAUAUGAUGGAGACAAAUAGCACUGACGAUGAGAAAUCUACUGCCAAGACUCUUCUGGUGAAGGCUGAAAAGCGCAAGUCCCCUCCCAAAGAAUAUAUCGAUGAGGAAGGUGUGAGGUAUGUCCCAGUGCGUCCAAGACCUCCUAUUACAUUGCUUCGUCACUAUCGGAAUCCUUGGAAAGCUGCUUACCACCACUUUCAGCGGUAUAGUGAUGUCCGGGUCAAAGAGGAGAAAAAAGCUAUGCUGCAGGAAAUAGCUAAUCAAAAAGGAGUAUCCUGUCGUGCCCAAGGCUGGAAAGUUCAUUUGUGUGCUGCCCAGUUAUUACAGCUGACAAAUCUAGAGCAUGAUGUUUAUGAAAGACUCACCAACUUACAGGAAGGGAUUAUCCCAAAGAAAAAAGCAGCAACUGAUGAUGAUCUGCACCGAAUAAAUGAGCUAAUACAGGGAAAUAUGCAGAGGUGUAAACUGGUGAUGGAUCAAAUCAGUGAAGCCAGAGACUCCAUGCUUAAAGUAUUAGAUCACAAAGACCGUGUCCUGAAGUUACUAAACAAGAAUGGGACUGUUAAGAAAGUGUCAAAAUUGAAGCGAAAGGAAAAAGUCUAGACCCAGGAGAAUCAAGAUCUUGGAAACAGAAUUUAUGAAGAAUGAUGGUAAGGGUGGGGGGAGGGUUUUAGUUUAUUUUCUAAGUGGAACAUUGAAAUAAAGGAAACCUUCCUUUAAUUCACAUGUGAAAGCAGAGGGACCCAUGGCAUCCUACUGACAGAACGGAUAUAAGCUGGCAUAGCACCAUGAGCCCCUUCUUGUUUUCUGGUGUUUUCCUUUUAAACUUGCUCUGCAAUCAUUAAUGACUCCUAAUGUGUCAAUGUCUGCCAGUUGGAAUCAGUGACAUAAAUGGCUGGCUGGCUGGCAUUUUUCAGCCUCUUGUUUAUCUGGUGGAUUUCUGCAGGACCUACACUGAACCUGGAUUUAGACUUUCCACUUGGACCAUCUGGUAUCUCUCUACACUGAAAAUAAAACCUCUUCCCCUCAACCUGGUUGGUUAUUACUCUGUCUAACCUUCCAGUGCCUGAGCUGGCCUUUCACAACAGUGCCCCAUCACUGAAAGAGCUGCCAUAUCUAACAUUCUAAAGGGUUUAAACUGUUAGUUCUUGUCAUUUUUUUAAAAGAACCAUUUCAGAGUGAAAUUGUUAGAUUGUCUGUCCCAUGUGUGUCAGAACUAGGUUAAUAUUCAGAACGGGCAGCACAAUAAGUUGCUCUGAGAUCCUGGUUCUGAAGUACACUGUUGGAUAUCUGUACUUCUGUAGCUGGUGUGAUGCUGUUAAGUGUAUGUACCACACAUCUCCAAAAUCAAUAAAGGACUCAAAGAGGUU